GCGGAGUCCGUCUGUCCGCCCGGCUACCGGCCCUGCGGGGGUGCCGGGGCAGCGGCAGGAGUGGGCAGGCGGCGAGGCCCGGGCGGUGGGUGCUCGCUCGGCUGCGGAGCUGGGCUCUUUCGUGGCGGAGGGUGCGCGGCACGCUGAAGGAAUGCGGUAGAUGCGGCGCGCCUACCGUAAUACGGUAGUGGAGAACGGGGGGGGGAGCGGCCUCCGCGGCACCUCUCUGGCGGGGAAGAUCCUGUCUAGUUGGCAUCUCUAUGGUCCCGGAAGCGGCUGCGCCGGGCGCGCCCCUCCCGCCCCGCCUCUCUAUGGUGGCUUUCCGGGGGGGGAAGGGCCGCCGCCGGCGCCGGGCGCCUGCGUGAGCCGGGCCCGCCGCCCCCCCCGCCGAGGCCGCCGUCCCGGUCGCAGGCGGUGAGCGGCGCCGGCUGCCCGCGCUCGCCGCCCCGCCGGUGCGCAGGACCCCGCACCUCUCGGCCCCCCGCCGCGCCGAGGGGGCCGCGCCCGCGCCCCGCUGCGCCGCUGGCAUCCCCGGGGCUCGGCGGCGGCGGCGGCAAAUGGUGGGGCCGGACGAUGCCGGAGCUCCGGGCAGCGCAGCCGUGCUUCCCGCGGGCCGGCAGGAGGCGGCGGCGGCGGAGGAGGAGGCGGCGGAGGAGGAGGACGGGGAGCGGGAUGGGAGACGGGGCUUGAGCCGGAGGAGCGGCGGGCCGGGGCAGGAGCGGCUGCUGCAGCGGUACCUGGCGGCGCUCGGCCCCGCCGCCGCGGCGGGAGGGAAGCGCUGCCCGGAGAAACCCGCCAACGGGGCCGCCUACGCCGUGGGCCCCCGCGGGAGGAUGACCAACGGGGACGUCGGCUUCCUGCUGCUGCCGCCGCCGCCGGAGGAGCCGCCACCCCCCCGGGCAGGACGGGAUGAGCCGGGGCCGGAGGAGGAGGAAGCGAAACUGCAGAACGGGGGCUUCCUCCCCUGCCCGCCCGGCCCCGCGGGAACCGCCUUGGAAGAGCCGCUGAAGAGCUGCCGGCUGCGGAGCGAGGCGGAGCGGCGCGGGGGAGCGACGGCCGGCAGCGCCCCGCCGCCCCGGGGCCCGGGGGACGAGGCCGGCAGCCGGGCGCAGGCCGCCCCGGGCGUGCGGACCUGCCGGGGCCGGGCGGAGCCCCCGGCCCCCCUCGGCUUCACCGACGUGAACCUGAACUCCCGCAACACCUACGAGGUGAGCCGCCGCCGCAGCGCCCCGGAGCACCUGCCCCACGGAGGGACGGCGCCCGCCGCCCCGGCGCCGCCGCAGGAGCCGGCGGAGAGGGCCCGGCGGGCGGGCAUCGCCGGCGCCGGCAGCAGCUUCGCCGAGUUCUUCACCAGAAACUUUUUCACUAAAAGGACAAAGGAACUCAAACCUGCUGUCCAAAGCGCUCCUGGUUGGAAGUUGUUUGGAAAAGUCCCACCCAGGGAAAACCUUCCAAAAGAUUCCAAAAUUAUUCAGCAGGAUGACAGUUCUGGCAGUCUUGCGUCAAUAUCUACUCUCAGUCUAUUAAACACAGGGGAAUAUGAGGCACGGACAGGAAGAAUGUAUAAACCUCCACCCCCAUCAGCAAGACGUAAAAAUAUUGAGUUUGAACCACUUUCAACUACUGCUUUGAUUCUGGAGGAUCGACCAGCAAAUCUUCCUGCCAAAUCAGUGGAGGAGGCUUUACGUCACCGGCAAGAAUAUGAUGAGAUGGUGGCAGAGGCAAAAAAGCGAGAAAUUAAAGAAGCACAUAAAAGGAAAAAAAUAAUGAGAGAGCGUUUCAAGCAAGAAGAGAAUAUUGCUAGCGCUAUGGUGAUUUGGGUCAAUGAAAUACUACCUAAUUGGGAAGGCAUGCGUGCUACCCGACGAGUUCGAGAGCUGUGGUGGCAGGGAUUACCCCCCAGUGUACGUGGGAAGGUUUGGAGUCUAGCUGUGGGAAACGAAUUAAAUAUCACUCCUGAACUUUAUGAAAUCUUCUUGUCGAGAGCUAAGGAAAGAUGGAAAAGCUUCAGUGAGACAAGUUCUGAGAAUGACAUAGAAGAUGCAGUUGCAUCUGUUGCUGAUCGCGAGGCCAGUCUGGAGCUAAUUAAGCUGGAUAUAUCACGCACAUUUCCAUCCCUGUAUAUUUUCCAGAAGGGUGGUCCUUAUCAUGAUCUCCUGCAUAGUGUUUUAGGAGCAUAUACAUGUUACAGACCGGAUGUGGGAUAUGUACAAGGGAUGUCCUUUAUUGCUGCUGUGCUCAUUCUCAAUCUGGAAGAGGCAGAUGCUUUCAUUGCCUUUGCUAACCUUCUAAACAAGCCAUGCCAGCUGGCCUUUUUCCGUGUGGAUCACAGCAUGAUGCUGAAAUACUUUGCAGCCUUUGAAGUAUUCUUUGAAGAAAAUCUUCCCAAAUUGUUUCUUCAUUUCAAAUCGUACAGUCUUACUCCAGACAUAUAUUUGAUAGACUGGAUUUUUACCCUCUACAGCAAGUCAUUACCACUUGAUCUGGCCUGUCGUGUCUGGGACGUUUUCUGUAGAGAUGGAGAAGAAUUUUUGUUUAGGACAGGAUUAGGAAUCCUUCGGUUAUAUGAAGAUAUUCUCCUACAGAUGGACUUUAUUCAUAUAGCACAGUUUCUAACAAAACUUCCAGAAGACAUUACAUCAGAAAAGCUUUUUAGUUGUAUUGCAGCUAUUCAGAUGCAGAAUAGUAACAAAAAAUGGGCACAGGUGUUUGCCUCACUGAUGAAGGACAACAAAGAAGGGGACAAGAACCAUAGCCCAGCACUGAAAAGCUAAUCGUUAUGAUGUUGAGGUCAACUGAAAAUGUGGAAAACCACUUGAUCACAAAGGAGUUUUCACAUCUCUUCUAUGUGGAAAAGCACUAUAGAAAGUGUGAAAAUGAGAUGGAAAAAUGACACAGCUCUCAGUGGAGUAAUGAACUGAUAAAAUCUUCACCCUUUUGCCAGUAUUAGCUUUUGUUGUGGGAAGAUUUGUUUUCACACAGAAUACUAAAACCUAUGAAACUGAGAAGUGGGGGAGUUCAUAUUUAAUACUUUAAAAGAAUCAGCUCAAUGCAAUAAACAUUUGUAAUAACUUCUGUUGGUACUUUAAAGAAAAUUUUGAGGCAUAACUUUUUUUACAAAUACCACAAAGGCACUUUUUGGGGGGGAUGAGGGAAAUGCUAAAUCUUAAGGCCCCAAAACUGCUAUCCAAACCAAAUGCUUUGGUACAAAUAUUACCUCCAAAAUUAACCAUUUGAUGAAAGUAUUGAGGACCAAAUAAGGUUGUUUGGUAUGUUUAUGUGCAAGAUGGUUAAAACUUGGGAAGGGAUAUUGUCUAAUUUACUUGUUUCUUUUUUUUUUUUUAAGUUGCAGCUUCAUUCUUCAGUCUGGGCAAAUGUAAUUAACUCAGGAACUGUGGAAGUAUUGUGCCCAAACCUGUUAGAGCAAAAAUCAUCUGAAUUUUAAAGAGUGGUAAGAUCAGGGCUGUUAUUUUCAGAGUGUACAGCUUUCAAAGCAAGUGGUGGUAAGCAUUUGUUUUGGUGUAUUGGUUGUGCAGCCUAUUGAAAAUAGAGUGGGUAUUCUGUGAAAGGGUUUUGCCACCAGAAGUUUUAUUUUGUUGAGCCAUUUCCAGCUAAGAAAUACUUGUAUGUAAUGGUGAACACUAGAAACUGACAAAGCUAUUUGCAGACUUUGUGUGGUCAAAGGAACAGCCACUUUUAACACUUCAGAAUAAUGGAGACACAGAAUUGGUUUUUUUGAAACUAUCUUUUAUUAGCGUGCAAUACUGAAAUCCAAAAACCAUCCGGUUUAGUGAUACUUAAUUCUUUAACAAUCUUUCAACUGUGAGACAUAAGGUCAUGUUGUAUGUGUCACAGCAGAUGUUUUCAAACAUUUCCUAUUCUCAAAGAUGCUGUACAACAGUUUGUGAUUGUAGGGGAUGGAAAUUUAAAAUGGAUAGCACUGCAGGUGAGGAACACUUGCGCUCUCUUGGUCCAUUUUUUGCUAAUAUUUAAUGUAAAUAAAUUCCUUACAUGUGGGUUUUUGUAACUGGUCCCUCUGUGGAAAUCAAGUCAAAAUUGCCAUUAUGUAUUUUUAAGUGCAGGAGGCUUCCAGUUGUCUGGUGUUUAAAAGCAGAGUCUACAUAAUUGGGGUAAAGAUUUAGUGUGGUGUACCUUACAUUGCUAUCUGGUUUAAAAACUACAUAUAUGCUACUCAUAACAAUUUGAAAUUUAAAUGUCAGAUUUUUCUUAACUUAUGUAUUCACUACUUUAAUUGGAUCCAAUUUGUCUUAUAUUUUUGUGUUAUCUUGUACAGUUUUCUUACUUUUCAACUAUAAAUCUGUAUAUAACUGUAAAUAGAAGGAUCAAGCCUUCCUUUAAGACCACUAGUAACAAUUCCUGUGUAAAUAAAACUUAU